CCUCCGCCAGUCGGCUCGCGUAUCCAGUGCGCGGCUUGGAGCCGGACCGGGGCCGGCGGCCGGGGCUGGGGCUGGGAGCUCGGCGCCAGCCACCUGGCGAGGCCCGAGGAGCGAUGGCAGAGAUGGGCAGCAAGGGGGUGACGGCAGGGAAGAUCGCCAGCAACAUGCAGAAGAAGCUCACCCGCGCGCAGGAGAAGGUCCUCCAGAAACUGGGGAAGGCAGACGAGACAAAGGAUGAGCAGUUUGAACAGUGUGUCCAGAAUUUUAAUAAGCAGCUGAAUGAGGGCACCCGGCUGCAGAAGGAUCUUCGGACCUACCUGGCCUCCGUCAAAGCCAUGCACGAGGCUUCUAAGAAGCUGAAUGAGUGUCUGCAGGAGGUGUAUGAACCUGACUGGCCUGGCAGGGACGAAGCAAACAAGAUUGCUGAGAACAAUGACCUACUCUGGAUGGAUUACCACCAGAAGCUGGUGGACCAGGCACUGCUGACCAUGGACACGUACCUGGGCCAGUUUCCAGACAUCAAGUCACGCAUCGCCAAGCGAGGGCGGAAGCUGGUGGACUAUGACAGUGCCCGGCACCAUUAUGAGUCGCUCCAAACAGCCAAAAAGAAGGAUGAAGCCAAAAUUGCCAAGCCUGUCUCGCUGCUUGAGAAAGCCGCCCCCCAGUGGUGUCAAGGCAAACUGCAGGCUCAUCUCGUAGCUCAAACUAACCUGCUCCGAAAUCAGGCCGAGGAGGAGCUCAUCAAAGCCCAGAAGGUGUUUGAGGAGAUGAAUGUGGAUCUGCAGGAGGAGUUGCCAUCCCUGUGGAACAGUCGUGUAGGUUUCUACGUCAAUACAUUUCAGAGCAUUGCAGGUCUGGAGGAGAACUUCCACAAGGAGAUGAGUAAGCUCAACCAGAACCUCAACGACGUGCUGAUCAGUCUGGAGAAGCAGCACGGGAGCAACACAUUCACCAUCAAGGCGCAGCCCAGAAAGAAAACUAAACUGUUCUCGCGGCUGCGCAGAAAGAAGAACAGGUACCAGCAUGACAACACCCCUGCAAAAGGGAACAAGAGCCCUUCGCCUCCGCCAGACGGUUCCCCUGCCGCCACCCCUGAGAUCAGAGUCAACCACGAACCCGAGCUGGCCAAUGCUGCCACCCCUGGGGCCGCCCUCCCCAAGUCCCCGUCUCAGCUCCGGAAAGGCCCACCAGUCCCUCCGCCUCCCAAACACACCCCGUCCAAGGAAGUCAAGCAGGAACAGAUCCUCAGCCUGUUUGAUGACACGUUUGUCCCUGAGAUCAGCGUGACCACCCCCUCCCAGGUGGCUCUGGGAAACACCCUUUCUCUCACGAUUGUGGAGCCAGUUUGCUGUGGGAUUGGCUCUCCCAAUUUUGAGGCCCCGGGGCCUUUCUCGGAGCAGGCCAGUCUGCUGGACCUGGAUUUUGACCCCCUCCCGCCUGUGGCAAGCCCCGUGAAGGCGCCCACACCCUCUGGUCAGCCAAUCCCGUGGGACCUCUGGGAGCAGCCCACAGAGAGUCCAGCAGGCAGCUCACCUUCAAGGGAGCCCAGUGCUGCCGAGGGCACCUUUGCUGUGGCCUGGCCCAGCCAGACGGCCGAGCUGGGGCCUGCCCAACCAGCUGACGCCUCAGAGGUGGCGGGUGGGACCCAACCUGCGGCUGGAGCCCCGGAGUCCGGGGAGACGCCAGCAAGUGAAGCAGCCUCCAGCUCUCUGCCUGCUGUUGUGGUGGAGACCUUCUCAGCAGCUGUGAACGGCACUGUGGAUGGCGGCAGCGGGGCCGCGCGCUUGGACCUGCCCCCAGGAUUCAUGUUCAAGGUGCAGGCCCAGCAUGACUACAUAGCCACCGACACAGACGAGCUGCAGCUCAAGGCCGGGGACGUGGUACUGGUGGUUCCCUUCCAGAACCCCGAAGAGCAGGAUGAAGGCUGGCUCAUGGGCGUGAAGGAGAGUGACUGGAACCAGCACAAGGAGUUGGAGAAAUGCCGGGGCGUUUUCCCCGAGAACUUCACCGAGCGGGUUGAGUGAGAGCAGACGCUGGUGCAGCUUUCCGGGCAUGUGAAGAACACCUUUUCCUGAAAAAUGUGUGCGUGUGUGUGUGUGUGUGUGUGUGUGUGUGUGUAUGUGUGUGUGUGUGUUUUCUGUUUUUGUUUUGAAACUUUUGGAAAGCAAAGGGAAAUCAAGAGGAGAGAACUAAGCCAAGAGGUGUUCUCCUAAAGAUUCGGUUGUUUUCCAAAGAGCCUGGUUUGGGCAAGUCUGGCGGAAUCACCUAUGUUCCUGAAGCUGCUGUGUCCCCUAGUUGAGUUCCUAGCUGCCCCCACCCCUGCCCACACCCUCUGGGUAUCUGCUGCCGCUUGUGUGCCUGGCUGCAGGGUGGGGCCUGGGGGCUGCAGAGCCACCACGCUUGCCUGAAGCUUCAGCCAUGCCAUCUUGGCAAGGGUCCUCCUUUCCGGGCAGCUGCUGUGGGUGGGGUCCAAUCUAUCCAGACACCUUGGACCCAGACAACCAUCUGACUUGGCCCUGCCCCGCAGACCGUCUGUGUGUGCUGUUUGAAAAUAAAUUUUAGUGUUCGAAACAAAAUGAAACAAAACCUCACAAAAGCA